GAAAGCGCUCGUUUGGCUUAAACUGAUUUCAGAUCAGCUAACAGUCAGCUAGUUUUACCCGGGAGCCUUAAAUCUUUUUUGGACCAUAGACAUAUAAACAACAGUGACCGCACGCGAAAGUGUCGACACGCAAUAUACAGAAAAGGAGACGUUUCGAAGUAAAAGUGUGUUAUUUUCGUGUGUUAAGGAUUGGCGGGUUUGUUUUGGAAUAUUUGAAUUGGAAUUCCUGUUUUUAGCCUGGUCGUGCUGCUAAGUUAACGUCAACGUCAGUAACUGUACUGAGUUUAACUUACCUAGCGUUAACUUUUGAGAUUUUGUCAAUAUGUGAAGUGAUUCCGGUUGUGAAAGGUCCUAGAAACACAAAAAAACAUUAAAAAACGUUACACCAAACUACUGUUGCGUAAAAAAAUGAUUAACGUCAAUUACUUAAGCUGUUAGGCUUUUACGGUAACGUUACUUUUUGGGUAUCGGUUGUUGUUUAUCUGGCUGUUGGCCUGGCUAAAGGCAAAUAAGCAAACUAACGUCAGUCAGUUUUUCUUACACACUCUUACUUUCACAGAGUUUAAUAGCUGGUAUCCAAAAGUUGUGACCCCAUAGACCCAUAGAUGGUCUCACUUCAGUGGUGUAACACACAAACAAAUGAAGAAAAAAUCCUCCCUCUUUGCUUGGGUUUUAGUUGUUUAUGUUGUAUUUUGUUUCUAAAUGCUGUUUGUGGGAAAAGGCAUAUACACAACCAUCCAUCACAGUGAACAUUUUACACUCCUCUCCAGCAUCACACCACCCUUUUCUCUGUGAUUUAGUCAUAUAUAACCUCAGAGUGUACUUCUUUUUGUCAGCAUGGAGUCCAGCAGCUUGGUUGGUGACUUUCUGUCUCCAGAGUCAACGGUGACUUCCCUGCUGUCGAGCUCAGGACACCUGAGGAGCAGCCUACUGGCCCCUGAACACAACACCACCUUCAGAUAUGGCGACAAGAACUAUGACUCAGCCUCAGCUGCAUUGGAUGCUUACAUCGCAGACUUUGAGAGCAGUCGUCAGAGCAGCAAGUCGUUGACAGAAAGGCUUGUCAUACCGCAGGGUCUGCUCGCCGCGUCGAGCAUACCCAGAGUGGGCACGCUCAGAAACAAAGAUGUUCUCAGGGAGUGUUUGACUGACAGGGAGCUGGACUUUCUCACCCUUCCCGUCAGUUCCCUUCAUCACAGCAGCAACCAAGACAGACUUUCCAUGACGACAGACGAGCUGCUGUCUAUCCCUUACGACGGCUCAAUGCCUGUCACCCACACCUCCACCAUCAUACAAGGGCUUUUAUCCCAGUCUGGAGCCCAGACCUGCCCCUCCUCCUCCAGACCAGCACAGAGAACCCAGGACAGACUCGGCAGCAGCCAAGCUGCUCCUAGACUGAACCACCACCACCACUCUCAUCCAGCCAAGACUCCCAAGAGCUCCAGGUGCAGAGGAAGACCCGGGGUGGCCAUGUUGAAACCAGAAGUUGACAUCUCCUUAGUCAGCUGCCAUAGGUCUGCACCCAGGACAGCAAAGUCAGAGCGGAAAGAGCCGUCUUCAUCGCUCCACCUCCCUCACUGGUUCACAAGCAACAAGAUUGACAUGGACUGUUCUGGAAUCACCAGUGUUCCUGACUUGAAGUAUCCAGCCUGGAUCCAAUGCUGUGACCUCAGCGAGCCACCACCACCCACAGAGUCGGAGCUGUGGGAUGACCAUGGUGUUCAUCCACCUGCAGCCCCCAGACCCAGAGCUCCGUCCUGGGUAGCAGAGCUGGAGGAUGAUGAUUGUGACCAGACACUUGCACGGGUUGACAGCCAGCAGACUCUCAGAGAUCUGAGGCUUCAGUUUGCUGAACAGAUUUCUGUUCUCACUGCAGGGCAAGCAACCUCAGACAUCAUGGAAACUCUCUUCAGAGACAACAAGAUUGAGUCUCUGAUUCUGAAGGCAGAUCAGGUGUUGAGCUCCUUGUCUCAGAAUUCGGGUGCAGCAUACGCGAGUGAGACCAGCACUCAACCCAAGACACAAGUCUGUCCUGCUGAUUGUGCUGAAGAUGCUGUCAGUCCAUUGAACACUGAGGAGCUCCUGCUCUGGUCCUCCUCACACUGUCAUCCAGUCACUCUUGAGUCAGCAGCAGCAGGUGUCACAGAGGCUCUGACUGACAGAGGAGCUCAGGCUCCGUGCCAUGGUCUCCAUGGAAACAGCAUCUUUAAGCAGCCUGGUCCAGUGGAGGCUUUGAAACAGAUGUUGUUCAGACUGCAGGCAGUGGAGGCCAAGCUUCAGCAACAAUGACAGGCAUCAGUAGCUCCAGCACUCAUUGACAGGCUACAGGCAGGAGACUCUAGGGAAGCAGAGCUCUGCGUCACCUGAGCCGUCUGAUGGUGCAGCAGGAAGAAGACACAGAGUGGAAGAGGAGGAAGAUGAUACCUGUCUAUGUUCUCACUGUCCUCUUCUUGGAGAUUCCUGUCAUGUCCAGUCGCAGAAAAACCAUAUUUUAGAUGAAAAUGUGCAAGUCACUAACACAGUACAGAGACCAAAGCAGACCCAUUUGGAAGUUGUGUGUGUGUUGAAGCUAAAUGUUACUGUCAAAAGCUCCAAAACCUUGAACACAGUUGACUGUUCUGCUGGUUAAAAUUUUGAUUGAGACUGAAAAUAACCAAUGUUGUCCAUUAAAGUAACAGUGUGAUGAGAGGAUGGUUUCUAUAGCUCUGAUGUUAAGUUCAAUAAAAAAGAAGCAACAUGGAGACCAGGCAUCUGGAGAGUUGUUUGAAGGUGGAUUUCCUUCCAGUCUCUGUGCUGAAAUGUCCAGGACCUCUCUAUUGAACACAGGGAAGAAACAGUAACCAUGUAUGUAAUAUGCUAUCAAGCAUGCUAACAUGCAACAUAUUAAACCUAAGCAUUUUAAAAUGUGGUAGCAUGUUAAUCAGCUUAUUUUUAGUAUAUCACGAUUAGCAUGUGAUGUGCUCAGUGAUGGUGUGUUCAUGUCCAGUGUUGUUAACAUGGAUGUUACCAUGUUAACUGGACCAUUUAGAAUACUGAACAUGUGAACUAUAACUGUAGCCACAUUAUCAUGACAUUUAUUUAUUACAAGCCCGACUCCACAAAAAGUUUGAAGCUGUGUAAAGUGCACAUAAAAACAGAAUGCAAUCAUUUGCAACCAAGCUGUUUGCUGGUGAACCUCAGUCCAUCCUUGCUUGUGAACGACUGAGCCAGGAUGCCUCUGUUACCA